CCAUUUUGAAAGUGGAGUCGCCUACCCCUGCCGCUGCCGCCGCCGCCGCUGUCGUAGCUGCCGCCGCCGCUGCCGGAGAAAGAGCGAGAGCGGGGAAGCCCCAGAGUGAAAUCCACCAUCCUGCUGGCUCGUCUGCCCGCCCCUCCUUCCUUCUCCCCCGACCCCCGCCCUCUCCCCCCACAGGUGCCAUCCGCCGCCAUCCGCCCUCUCUACCCCCCCAUCCCCAGGUGAGGGGGGUGAGUUCAGGAAGCGGAGACCCCGAGGACCCCGGCAGGGUCACCAUUUGCAGCGCAACAUGGCAGGAGCUGGAGGAGGGAAUGAUAUUCAGUGGUGUUUUUCUCAGGUGAAAGGAGCAGUAGAUGAUGAUGUAGCGGAAGGAGGGUAUGGUUCCAUUCCAUUUUAUCCAAACAUGAUAUCAGAUUAUCCAGGAACAAGUUAAAAAGAAGGGAGACUGGUUCCAGAACACAUCUCUGGAAAUUACCCUAUGGACCCUGACUCUCAUGGCAACAUUACAAUCAGAUAUAAUUUCUACAGUAGAAUUUAAUCAUUCUGGAGAAUUACUAGCAACAGGAGAUAAAGGUGGUAGAGUUGUCAUCUUUCAACAGGAGCAGGAGAACAAAAUCCAGUCUCAUAGCAGAGGAGAAUAUAAUGUUUACAGCACCUUUCAGAGCCAUGAACCAGAGUUUGACUACUUGAAAAGUUUAGAAAUAGAAGAAAAGAUCAACAAAAUUAGGUGGUUACCCCAGAAAAAUGCUGCUCAGUUUUUAUUGUCUACCAAUGAUAAAACAAUAAAAUUAUGGAAAAUCAGUGAAAGGGACAAAAGACCAGAAGGGUAUAACUUGAAAGAGGAAGAUGGAAGGUAUAGAGAUCCUACUACAGUCACUACACUACGAGUGCCAGUCUUUAGGCCCAUGGACCUAAUGGUUGAGGCCAGUCCACGAAGAAUAUUUGCCAAUGCUCAUACAUAUCACAUCAACUCAAUUUCUAUUAAUAGUGAUUAUGAAACAUAUUUAUCUGCAGACGAUUUACGGAUUAAUCUUUGGCAUCUGGAGAUCACAGACAGGAGUUUUAAUAUUGUGGAUAUCAAGCCUGCCAAUAUGGAAGAGCUAACUGAGGUGAUUACGGCAGCAGAAUUCCAUCCAAACAGCUGCAACACGUUUGUAUACAGCAGCAGUAAAGGAACUAUUCGGUUAUGUGACAUGCGGGCCUCUGCCCUCUGUGAUAGGCAUUCUAAACUGUUUGAAGAACCUGAAGAUCCCAGUAACAGGUCUUUUUUUUCUGAAAUCAUCUCCUCGAUUUCCGAUGUAAAAUUCAGCCAUAGUGGUCGAUAUAUGAUGACUAGAGACUAUUUGUCAGUCAAAAUUUGGGACUUAAAUAUGGAAAACAGGCCUGUGGAAACAUACCAGGUUCAUGAAUACCUCAGAAGUAAACUUUGUUCACUGUAUGAAAAUGACUGCAUAUUUGACAAAUUUGAAUGUUGUUGGAAUGGAUCUGACAGUGUUGUCAUGACCGGAUCUUACAAUAAUUUCUUCAGAAUGUUUGAUAGGAACACCAAGCGAGACAUAACCCUAGAGGCAUCACGCGAGAACAACAAACCUCGCACGGUUUUGAAGCCACGUAAAGUCUGUGCAAGUGGCAAGCGAAAGAAAGAUGAAAUAAGUGUUGACAGCCUAGACUUCAACAAGAAAAUCCUUCAUACAGCCUGGCACCCCAAGGAAAAUAUCAUUGCUGUAGCUACUACAAACAAUCUGUAUAUAUUUCAAGACAAAGUGAAUUAGGGUUGGCAUUCCCAACAGAAGAGCCCACUUCCUGCUUAGUUGAGAUAGUUGAAUCUAGCAUUCGUACCUAAAAAAGAGAGAGGUCCAUUGUGGCGCCCUUUUCCAGUGUUUGACAAUGUGCCAUUCGACAACACAUUUUUUAUAGCUACAUGGAGAGAUCUCUGUGGAUUCAUCACUGUGGUGUUCUCCAUGUCUGCUAGCCAUGUAGGUAAGGGUAGGGCACUUUUAAUUUAAAUGACUUCUUGCACCAUCUUGCCUAAUGGACUAGAUUGGACUGUAUCAACAUUGAUUUACUCCACUUUUUAUGCCUUCCAUUGUGAUGACGUCAAACACAGUGAAAGCCUUCAGUCAUGCUUAUGGGAUUUAAUUGUGUAUCCUCAUUACUGUAUCAUUUGUGGGGUACACCCCUCCCCCCUUUUUUAAAUUAAAUACAGCUCAUUCUUACUGUGGCUUGUAGCAUUCCUCCUCUUCUGGCCUCCUGGACUCUUCCCCUUCAUCUCUUUUACCCUUGCCCCCUCCACCCAGUCUUGGUGGUGGUAUAUUAAAAAAUGAAAGAACGAAAGCACACAAAAUGAGUCAGUUUGGGGUCAGUGGUAAAGGGGGUAUAUGUUGCGAACAAAUGUUUUAAUAACAGUUGGCUGUAAUCACUCCUUGCCGUGUCUGGCACCGAAAAUAAGGAAAAAAAUACUACUACUGAAUAAAAGUGACAAAGAAUGGAGAA